UCGACGCGAUGGCUGCCACUUAGAAAGAAAUCCGACUCGGAGGCGCUCAGUUUACGUUUCGGCCGCGUCGCCUUCAGUUCAGUUCACCAGAGUUCCGUGACCAGGCUGCACUGCAUCCAACGCGGAGGCGCCUGCGAUUGCAAAGCAAGACCAAAACUCAUUGUCAUUCAUAGUUAUCGCUGCGUCAGUGUGCGAGACAACAGAGAGAGUGUGUGUGUGCCAGUGAGAGUGCGUGUUGGUGCGUAAACCGGAGGAGGCGUCCGUACUUUUCCAGGGGACAGCGAUUAAACACUGCGUUAGCGGAACUUGUCAACACACCCACAGGGCGAAUCGCUUAGAGAACUUCCCUUAGAACCAGCAGGACCACGGUUACCAUUAACCGUUAACUGUUACCGCCACCAAAGCUCAUAGACGCAGCUCCAGCCAUCUCCUGUUCCUGUUCCUGUUUCCGAACACCAUGAAGCACUCGCCGCUGAUUGCCAGCGUUUGUCUGGCACUGGUGUUGAUGUCAUCCAGCCUGAUUGGCAGCUCCGAGGCCAGAAAGAAGAAGUACGUCGGCGAGACGGGCGGCGAUUUUGAGUUUAUCGAUGAGAUAAACAAAAACACGCAGAAUGGCAACAAGAACCUGGGCGAGCACAAGCGUUGGAUCCACGAUCCGUCGAGUGACCUUUGCCGACCACUGAACUGCAAGAAACGUGAAAUUUGCCUCCUGGAGGACGAGUACAGUGCCGUGUGCGUGUCGAAGAAGGAGCUACACAAGAAUCGCGAUGAGAUAAUCACCAAGGCCAAGUACUUGGAGGAGGAGGCCAAGCGGCGCGUCAACCAGCAGGAUAGCCAGGACAGCCAGGACGCCGAGGAUAUCAACAACGAUGAUGAGGACAACAGCAGUGAUGGCAGCAGCAACGGCAACACCAACAGCAAUCCCCCGGCCAGUGUCCAGGGCAAUGAGGAGGCCGAUGACGAAGAUAAGAGCCUCAGCCUGGGCGACGACGACGAGUCCAAGGAGGAUGAUGUUUUCUACGAGAACAGUAUCGCCGCUGGCGAUAAGCAGCAGCAACAGCAACAGAAGCAGCAAUCCCAGCAAGCACCAGCCAUUCAGCAGGACGAUGACGAGGAGUUGGACAACUGCAAGCCAUGUCCUGUGGCCAAGCCAACGUUCCUGUGCGGUGCUGACAACAGGACCUACUCAUCACUAUGCAGAUUGGAUUAUCACAAUUGCAUACAUUCGACGUCCAUUCGGAUUGCCUGCAAAGGAUUCUGUCCCUGCAAGGAGAACUUCGAUGGCAAGCGGCUGCAGCGCAUAUCCGGCUACAACGGCAACAACAAGUACAACAAGAAGAUCGCCCUCGACCAGCAGCAGCAGCAACAACAACAACAGCAGGCCUACAAGGACAGCAGCAACAACAACAUCAUGAUGAACAGCGGCAACAUUAUGGGGGGCAACAACAAUGACUUCAACACGAUCAUGAAUGACAAGGAGGAUAACAACCGACACUACAACCACAUCAAUGCCCAGUACACCUUCACCCCCGAGGAGAUCAAGUACGACAACAAGCACUAUAAAUACCUCAAGUACACGGCCUACAAAAAGGACAACAAGUACCAGGACGAUAAGCACAAGAUGCGCAACUACAACGAAGUGGUGGAGAAGCAACAGCAGAAGGUUAAUAAGAACAACGUAAAUGCAGGUUACCCCUCGAAGUCACCAGAGUGCAAGCCCCAGCAGCUUACUGCCAUUGGCAAUCGACUCCUGGACUGGUUCUCCGUGAUCAUGGCGGACAGCAAGAAGCGCCGGCAGCACAGCCAGAAGUCGAAGGCACACUUCCCGCCCGCCUGCAAGACGGAGGCCAAGUGGAUGUUCGGCCACCUCGACCUGAACAACGACGGGCAACUGUCGCUGCAGGAGAUGUACGACCUGGAGCACGACCAGAACGAGCGCUGCAUCAAGCCCUUCAUCGACACCUGCGACCUGGACACGGACAGUGCGAUCAACACCCGGGAGUGGUGUCGCUGCUUCGAGAAGACGGACCGCCCGUGCGCCGCAGUUCGCCGAAGAAUCGCCGGCGACUUUGCAGGUGAGAUAGGCGCCUACGCACCCGACUGCGACAUUCAGGGAUUCUACAAACCCACCCAGUGCCACAACUCGGUUGGUGUGUGCUGGUGUGUGGACAAGCAUGGAGUCGAGUUCGCCAACACACGCACACGCGGCAAGCCCAACUGCGAGUCCGUGGUCAAUAACGCCGCCUCGCUCACAUCCGACGACGAGGACGAGGGAGCCGACGACGAUGACAGUGCGGAGGGCAGCGCCGAUCAGAUGCUGGUCUUCUAAGCGAAGCGACGACGUUCGUCCUGCAUCCAGUUCGUGGCGCAUCCUGGCUCAUCCCAUCCAAUCAGCAGCGGCGCUGGCGUUACAACAGAAAAUUAAUAUUAUUAUUAUGAUUGCAAACAAAACCGAAAACAACCGAAAGUGGAAGUUGAAGUAGAAGCAAACGCAGAAGCGAAAACUGAAAACAAAAAACCGAAAAACCCUAAAUCCAUAAAUGUGCAGAAUAGCCACGUAAGCGUUUUUGAAUAGAAACUACGAAUAGCAAACAGCAGAAGCAAAUACACCAUACACUCAGACACACACAGACUCGCCAUGAAGAUGAAAGUUGACGCAGAAAGGAUAACAGGGGAGAGCAAACCAAAGAAAAACUGUAGCAUAGUUAGAGGCGAAUCGCACGCUAAUUGGCAUCAUCAGUAGGCAGAGAAGAGCACCCCGGAGUCUACGGCUUUGGCCAUUUUUUUAGUCAAUCAGCCAAGAUUUAUCUUUCGUUAUCAUUGUUGUUUGCAUGGUUAAGUCCAUCCGUCUAUUUUAGCCUUUUUGCAAAAGAUUAGAAACCCAGUUAGAAUCGGCAUCCCUCAACAUCUGUCCUCCUCUGCUUUCGCGCAAGCAAAACACGAUACACGCUAAGAUUCCGCCCAAAAAAACAAAAAUAUAUAAAAUUAUGUGAUAAGUUUUUGAAAAAAAUGAUGAACACGAAUACGAUGGAUCGAGGCCAGUAGCCCCAUUCCCAGAGUACUCCAAGACUCCUAGGCGGCCGAAGAGUGCAGUUCGAGAAGAAGUUCGCGGAGGGAAGAACUCAUAGUUGCAUAUGUACGAAACAUAAUCGCGUUCAUUUAGUGUUACUUACCAGAUAUAUAGUGAGAGAUCCAACACGUAUUCGGCUUGGCUUUGCUACAAGGCGAGCAUCAUUUGAAUCACAGCACCUGCCAGGGCAAACUCAGCACUCAGCUUAAAAUAUAUGUAAACCGGAAAUCGGAAAUCGUAAAUCGUAAAUGUCACGCCACCCACACGAACCAACAUCACACGAACACCAAUUUUUUUGGCCAUUGCGAUCGAGAUCAACCAAGAUCAAGACCGGAAGCGCUUUGAAAUCUUCACACACGUAGGACAUACGACAUUAUCAUAAGAAAAGGAUUUGGCUGGAGAUUCGGUAAACGGCAAUUCGCUUAUAC